GCGGAACGGCGAGGUGGAUGGUGAAGAAGCCGGGCCCCGCAGAGGAGGCGGUUGAGCCGUGCUGAGGACGAGAAAGGGCCGGAAGGGGGUGGCUGCCGACCGGGCCCCGCCCCGGGGCUGCCUCCCCGUGGGUUCCGUUGGCUGUGGCGGCGGCUGAGGCUGUGGCGGCGGUGGCCGCCGGGCGGGCGUAAGAUGGCGACAGCGGCGGCGGGAGCCCUGGGCCUGCUGUGGGGCUGGCUGUGGAGCGAGCGCUUCUGGCUGCCGCAGAACGUGAGCUGGGCCGACCUGGAGGGGCCGGGCGACGGCUACGGCUACCCGCGCGCCCGGCAUAUCCUCUCGGUGUUCCCUCUGGCGGCGGGGGUCUUCUCUGUGAGGCUGGUCUUUGAGCGGUUUAUUGCCAAACCCUGUGCACUCCAUGUUGGCAUCGAGGACAGUGGUCCUUUUCAGGUCCAACCCAAUGCCAUCCUUGAAAAGCUGUUUAUAUCUAUUAAGUAUCCUGAUGAGAAAAGGCUGGAGGGCCUGUCAAAGCAACUGGACUGGGAUGUCCGAAAAAUCCAAUGCUGGUUUCGCCAUCGGAGGAAUCAGGACAAGCCCCCAACGCUCACUAAAUUCUGUGAAAGCAUGUGGAGAUUCACUUUUUAUUUAUGUAUAUUCUGCUACGGAAUUAGAUUUCUCUGGUCGUCACCUUGGUUCUGGGACACCCGACAGUGCUGGCAUAGCUAUCCAUAUCAGCCUCUCUCAAGUGGGCUUUAUUACUAUUAUAUCAUGGAAUUGGCCUUCUAUUGGUCUCUUAUGUUUUCUCAGUUUACAGACAUUAAAAGAAAGGACUUCCUGAUCAUGUUUGUGCAUCACUUGGCUACCAUUGGGCUUAUCACCUUCUCCUACAUCAACAACAUGGUUCGGGUGGGAACUCUGGUCAUGUGUCUACAUGAUGCCUCAGACUUCUUGCUGGAGGCAGCCAAGCUGGCCAAUUAUGCCAAGUAUCAGCGGCUCUGUGACACUCUUUUUGUGAUCUUCAGUGCUGUUUUUGUGGUCACCCGGCUAGGAAUCUAUCCAUUCUGGAUUCUGAACACGACCCUCUUUGAAAGUUGGGAGAUGAUCGGGCCCUAUCCUUCCUGGUGGCUCUUCAAUGGCCUUCUCCUGAUCCUACAGGUUCUACAUGUCAUCUGGUCCUACCUAAUUGCACGAAUUGCUUUCAAAGCCUUGAUCCGGGGAAAGGUGUCUAAGGAUGACCGCAGUGAUGUGGAGAGCAGCUCAGAGGAAGAAGAUGUGACCACCUACACAAAAAGCCCCUAUGGCAGCAGCUCCAGCAAUGGUGCCAAUCAGGUGAAUGGGCACAUGGGAGGCAGCUACUGGGCUGAAGAGUAAGGUGGUUGGUAUGGGGACUUCAGCACACAUGAACUUACAGGGCCACUGGCAACUUACUCCUCUUGGGCCUCCCCACAUCUACACUUCUGUGACUAGCGGGACUGCAAGGCACUGAGGAAAAUGAAAGAAGCAAGUAGUUUCACUUUUUAAAAACCUCUGCCAUUUUGUAUUUAAUAGCCUCCUGGUUCUUUCUGUAAUGUUAUUUGCUCUCUGUGUGUUUUUGUGUGUGUGUGCUUGUGUAUGUGCAUUUGUGCACUUGCAUGAGUUUCAUUGCCAGUUUGGGGCACAAGUCUGGACUGGGGCCACUAGGCCUUGCCUGGUCCCUUCAAACUCACCUCAAAUCCCAGAUUUGGCUGCAUCUUGAGUUAUGCUGGCUCCGGACUAUCCCCUCCCUGGUUGCCCAUGGCUCUCAAGGCUCUAAAUCCCUGGACCAUCUGAAUGAAGCAGCCAAGUUCAGUUCCAGGUUUCUGCACUGUUCUUUUGGAGCUGGAAUAUUUCACAUGAUGAAGUUGUAUAAAAAUAAAGAACUAUGGAUAGAUGGCCAGGAUUGCUGUGGCCCCUAUCUAGGUCCCUUUCCUACCACCUGAUAAUGAUAGGGACAGCUGUUGAUACCCUGCUCUUUACUCAAUGGUACACAGGGAUGGGGGGUGGGAGAGGGUGAGCUGAGGGCUGGAGGAGGAGAACAGCCACUGGGUGAGCUGUUAAUGGUUUUAUACUAUUGUUUACUCUUCUGUGAUUAAAAGUUCUUCAACCUCC